CCGAAGACGACGUAACAGUUUGUCUUUUUUGAGUCCUUAUUUUACAUGGGUUUUUUUUGGUAUUGUGUAAGUAUAACUAUCUUGUAGAGUAGUGGACGCCGCGAGUUUAUCGUUCAUCAAUCAUUAAAGCUUCGUCGUCUCAAGCUAGCUUAGCUUGCUGCUAACAAAGAGACCCGGAUGUGUUAAAAGUCAACACAGGGAAGUACAAAUAGUGGCAAGGCGAGAUUGGCACACAUAACAUCUAAUGUUUCCUCUUAGAAACACCUACUGUUUCCUCUUAGAAACAACUAUUGUUUCCUUUUAGAAACAACUAUUGUUUCUAAGAGGAAACAAGGAUAACGGAGUACGAGGACGAAGUUUGUUCAACAAAAGAGAACGAGCGCAGGGACGUCGUGUGCACGCGCACAACCAUGGAGGAGUCGGUUGGGAUCCGGCUCUUCUGCAGGGUGAAGCAGGAGGAGCCUGGGUCCCCCCACGUUAAAGAGGAGCGGCCACAGACACCCCACGUCAAGGAGGAAGAGGAGGAGCGCAGCAUCGGUCAGGAGGGCCAGCACCUCGCAGAGUUUGCAGGGAUUCGCGUCAUCGUGAAGAGUGAGGACGAGGAAGAGGCCGCCGAUGCAGGAUCUCAAGCGGACGUCCUCCUCGCUGCACCCUCGGAUAGCGAGGACGCCACGUCUCAGUCACCUGACUCUGACCAUGAGGACGCCACGUCUCAGUCACCUGACUCUGACCAUGAAGACGCCGACGCUGAGAAGACUCGUCACGCCGACAACAACGCAACCUGGAAAUGCUCAAAGUGUGACAAAACCUUUCCCACCAAGUCGCACUUGAACCGACACGUGAAGAUCCACACGGAGGAGAAACUCUUCACCUGCUCCGUCUGCGGCAAGAGUUUCUCCCAAAGGGGAUAUUUGAAAAGACACGCCAGGACGCACACGGAGAAACGCUUCCGCUGCUCCGUGUGCGAUAAAAGGUUUGCGUCCAUGUACCGCCUCAAAGUGCACCUGAGGGCGCACACGGGGGAGAAACCUUUCAAGUGUUCGGUGUGCAACAAGACCUUCUCGUCGGUGGACCCGUUAAAACGGCACAUGAGGACGCACACGGGGGAGAAACCCUUCGUCUGCAUCGUGUGCCAUAAACGGUUCUCCAUUAAAGGCGAUUUGAAAAGACACAUGCGGACGCACACCGGCGAGACGCUGUUCAGCUGCCGCGUGUGCGACAAAAGGUUCUCCAGGAAGGAUCAGGUUAACAGACACAAGUGUGCCGGCGAGCACAGCGGCGGGAAAUGAAGCUGAGGUCCUCCGAGCAGCCGGAAAGUUGAGAAUUGUUCCGGCUUGCGUCAUCAUCACGAUAAACAUGGCUCCUUAUUUGGACGUCACGCAGGGAACGACUGGCCCACGCUUCUGUCCCUGCGUUCUGUACCACCUGGGACUCGUACCCGGGUCGUACGCAUGAGAGACAAGUGUGCUAGCUACUGAGCUGAAAGGAGGUAGUCAGAGUCAGAGAGUGAGGGAUGUUAUUGGACCCUCAAAAAUAAAAUAGGUACAUUUUUGCCACGUGUCAGAAUAAUUGUAUCUAAGUUAUCACAGAACUUUUGUGUCUCAAUGAGUUCCCGGCGAGCAGACAAAAGCUGUCUUUGAUCUUACCAAUCAAAAGGCCUGUAAAACUCCACUGUGCAGGAUGGGAAGCGACGUGAAGGUGUCGGUUUCUUUGAUCUGUUGUAAUCCACAGAAAGACUUUGUCCUGACCCGAGAUCUACAAAGGACCUUUUCUUUGAACUGUUUUGUAACCCAAGGCAACGGCUGUUUACGACCCCCGACCCUUUAGAAACAGCUGCUGCCAUGUAACCAGGGAAAGUCCGAAUAAAAGAGGAGGCGUACAAUCUUUGGCCAGAGCGUGGUGGAAGACUGCACAAAGAGUACGGCCCAGAUGUUUCUCCUCAAUGAGCUAAAUUGAAUUCUGUCUCUGUUGAAUUCCUUGCUUCUUGUCUGUUUUAUAGAUGUCAUCAGUGUUAGAACCUGACGCCAUGCUUGCAAGAAUUGUUUUGAUUAAAGUCCUGAAAAAGGCCAUUUAGUUGGCGGGACAACAAUAAUAAUAAUAAAAAGUAAUAAUUCCCAUUGUCGCCUCCUCCCUACAGCUAAAAGGAUGUUUAUUCUUUUAAAUGUAUUGAAUCGCUUAGCACACCUUGACCCACACUGGACUGAUUUGAGCAAGUUUAAUGAAUUACAAUAUAAAAAAAUGUCAAUUUGUUUCCUUGCGGCGCUCAGUGGGAAAAGUUGAUGUCAAUUAUUAUUGUCUCUCAUAGUUUGCAUGCUACUAGCGUGUUGUGUCCAUCGUAAAAAGGUCCUUGUGUGUAGUUACACACCAUUAAAGACUCAAAAC